CCCCCUUGGUUCUGGCUCACACCUCUGGUUUGUGGUCCCCGUUGAGGGGAGAUUUGGGGGUCGCGAGGCAUCAGUGGGUGAUUUUGCGAAGAGGACAGCUGGGAGAAACAGUCGGCGCUCAGACUUCCUCGGCCGCGCUUCAGAUGGCGGCUGCCCGGCCACGCCCCCAGCGGCUGGAGAGACCCUUUUCCCAAAAUGGAGAGCGGGAAGGGCGAGAACGUCCAUCAGAGUUUGGCCCCGCCCCCGAGGACAGCGAGGGCCAAUUAGCGACCCGCAGGGCGGGUGCGAGGCCAGGGGAGGAGGCUGCUGUUGCCCCAGCAACCACCCGGGAGGACGGAGGCGGUCGCGGCCUGGGAGGGAUCGCGGCGCCGCGGGUCUCUCCCUGCCGGGAAGAUCGCGGGAGAGCGCGAGCCAGGCGGGAAGGCAGCGCCGGUGGAGAAAGGGACAGGUCAGGCCCAUCAACUCCAGUCCUGAAGCCGCUUUCGCGCCUCCUGUUAGCGGUUCUGAAGGCUAUGGCUGAAGUGCACGUGAUCGGGCAGAUCGUAGGGGCCACCGGCUUCUCGGAAAGUAGCCUCUUCUGCAAGUGGGGCGUCCACACAGGGGCGGCAUGGAAGCUCCUGUCUGGCGUACGGGAGGGCCAAACACAGGUGGACACCCCCCAAAUAGGGACUGGCCUACUGUCCCACCCCAUUGACCUGCACUUUGCCACCAAAGGCCUCCAAGGCUGGCCCCGACUUCAUUUCCAGGUGUGGUCCCAGGAUAGCUUCGGCCGCUGCCAGCUUGCCGGCUACGGCUUUUGUCACGUGCCCAGCAGUCCAGGCACCCACCAGCUGGACUGUCCCACAUGGCGGCCUUUGGGCAGCUGGCGGGAGCAGCUGGCACGGGCCUUCGUGGGGGGUGGGCCUCAGCUGCUGCAUGGGGACGCCAUCUACAGUGGGGCCGACCGCUAUCGCCUGCAUACAGCCGCUGGUGGCACCGUGCACCUGGACCUGGGCCUGUUGCUGCGCCACUUUGACCGCUACGGCGUGGAAUGCUGAGGCACCUGCCUCCUCGGCCCAUCCACACCCCUGGGCACCCGUAAGGGGCAGGAUGGUGCAGUGGUCAGAAACGCGGGCUCUGGAGACUGCCUUACCCGACCCAGCCGAGGCCUGGGGCAGCUUCUGUCUGGCCAGCACCGCAAGCCCAGUACCUCUCCCUCCGAAGUCCAUUUUCCCAUCUGUGAAAUGGGGGCAGCAAGUAUGUGGGUCCCUGGGGUUUGGGGAGAAGAGGCUGCCUCACACAUGGAAGUGCUAAAUAAAGAACAGUUCUGACAGGUG